AUGGAACCAGCAACCAAUGAUGAUGGGCCUGACGGCUCGUCUAUCAAAACCGUCUCCUCUCUUCUUGCUCGCUUCGAAACCUUGAACCAAUCUACCCCGGCACCUCCACCAUCACUGAACUCUGCCUCCAGACCUAUUUCACCAGCUCCCAAGCCCGACAGGCUACGGAAUUUUAAGCUUUCUCAAGACGCAACCUUGUCCUCAGGCCCAACUCCUUCCCUUUCGUUAUCUGCACCAGUCAAGUCAGCCGCCAAACCUCCUGUCAAGCCGCCACAACUUCACGCAAGCGAAUCGCCGUCUACUUCUCGCAAUAAUGAGGCUUCCACCAUGCCACACGCCCCGUCGCAAAGCCGAGAGCCUUCGCGCCGCAUGUCUACAGCUUCAGCAAUGCCACCACCUCCAGCUGUUAAGAUCCUCCCUCCUCAAUCACCGCCCAAAGGGCAUGCGAUGGUUGUCGCAGCAGAAGAGCAGUCGCCGUUUCUCGAUCCAGCCACUGCUGUUUCUGAAGAUCUUCCGGGGGCUUCAUCCAAAACCGUAAAACCCCCUAGUCAGCCCGUCACUCCUAUUCACCCGCUCUCAGCUCCACGAUCCCCUCGGCUGAGCAUUUCGCAGCCUCCAUCCCCACCACCGCCCCGACGUUCGGGUGAACUGAAACGGGAGGGCAAACAGCCUCCGCCUCCACCAGCCCCUCGCCUUGAUAAGUCCAAGAAUAUCACGCCUAGUUGCUCGAAAUCUGCUGAUGCUCACACACCAAGACAGCCGAGCAAAAGCAGUAUACGGAACGAAAUGUCCCCCUUCAACAGCCCGCCAACGAGCGCUAAGAAGGAAAUUGCUCAACAAGUCCCGCCACAGCUACCAAUGCGACCAAGACCAAACGUCAACGACGCCCUGUCAAAUAGGUCCAAGGCUCCAUUUUCUGGAUCUGACUCUUCCCCAGUACACCCUUCUGCGGGUGCCAGAAGGCUGGAACGAGAACCCAGCGUGAGCGGGCCGUUGAAGCCAGUCGUCGUCCCACAACAGAGCAUACAAGAUGGCUCGUCUUCCUCUUCACUGAGGCGUCGUCCAACUAGGGAUUUGAGUGCAGAUACUCGAAAUUCAGCCGCUGCUAAUGCGGAUAUCCCUCCGCCAAAACCGCCCAGGCCAGCUCAACGAGACGUACCAAGAUCCGAUGCAUCGCAUACCUCGAUCUCUCCCGGACUGCUGCAUCAGGAUUCCACAACGCACCAAUAUUCAGCACCGCCGUCUCGAGGUCAGAGUCUCUCCCAAAAAGCGGCCAGAAUAGCUGACAGAGAUCCUGGUCCCUCUACGUCGUUUCAGCCAACAACUGCUCGGUCUACGCCGCGAAGUCUGUCUCCCGAGGGCCCCACGGCAGGUACAGAAGCGGCUACCCAUGUGACGGCUUUUCCGGACAACGCAAACGUGAAUCGACGCCCGCCAUUUGUGAAGAAAGGUUGCUAUGAAGUCAAUACAAAGUACGACCCCAGGGUUUUUGAUGUCUGCGGAGAACGAGCAUGCACCAGCGGCCAAUUGACUCGGGUCUGGGAUAUUGUUGACGGGGAGCAGCUUAUGAGCCUGUCUCACACCGAAGGCGUCAGGGCAACAGCAGUUGCCUUCAAGCCUUCUGCAGACCCUGAACACGAGGGCUCUUUCAUAUGGAUCGGCACCAACGUGGGCGAGCUGAUGGAAGUCGAGGUUGCGACCCAACGCAUCGGCGAGCUGCGGUCUGGUGUCCAUGGCAAAGCCGAGCUCAUGAUGAUAUAUCGUCAUUCCAAAGAGCUGUGGUCCUUGGACGAGGGAGGCACUCUGAAUCUCUGGGUUCCCGAUUCUGACGGCGUACCGAACCUCAGGAGCCAACCCGUAGUCCAACCAACCCGACUGCCAAGGGGUCACACGUUUUCCAUGGUUGUUGGUGACGAGCUUUGGCACGCGACGGGAAAGCUCAUCCGCGUCUUUGAACCUACGGUGGAUGGGACGAAACCGUUUCAGGUGCUGGUUAGGCCGCUGACGGCAGAAGGUUGUGGCGACGUGACUGCCGGCUCGACCUUGGUUCCGGCGCAAGGGAGAGUCUUAUUCGGCCAUGUGGACGGCAAAGUGAGCAUUUUCUCGACCUCGGAUUAUUCCUGUCAGCAAAUAUUGAAUGUCAGCUCCUGCAAAAUCAACGGACUGGCCGGAGUGGGCCGCGACGUCUGGGCCGCGUACAACACUGGCAAAAUAUGUGUCUACGACACCACCAAGCAACCGUGGACAGUCAAAAAAGAAUGGCAGGCGCAUGACCACUCUGUGAUCAAGCUGAAGGUUGAUCCGUCGAGCGCCUAUCGAAUGGACAGGCUGCAGGUUUUAUCUCUGGGCGUUGACAGCAGGAUCAAGAUCUGGGAUGGCAUCUUGCAGGACAACUGGCUGGAGGACGAUCUAAAGUCCAAGGACGUCAACUACUGCGAAUUCGAAGAGAUCAAAGCCAUGGUGUUCACGUGGAAUGCCGGCGCAUCUACCCCUCACAGCCUUCGAUAUUCGGACGGUGACUCGUCCUUUUUCCAAAACCUUUUACAGUCCAGCGGGUCCCCCGACAUUCUGAUAUUCGGAUUCCAAGAACUUGUCGACCUGGAGGACAAGACUGCUACGGCCAAGAGAUUUUUCAAGUCGAAGAAGAAGGAGGGUUCUGAGCAGGAGAGGAUGAGUCAUCAAUAUCGCGAUUGGAGAGACUUCUUACUCAAGACUCUGGAUGACUACAUGCCCUCGAAUGAUCUCUACCACCUCGUUCAGUCGUCACCCCUGGUUGGACUGUUUACCUGCGUGUUUGUAAAGUCGAACAUGAGAGACAGGAUCCGGAAUCUGCACGCAGCCGAAGUUAAACGAGGCAUGGGAGGCUUGCACGGGAAUAAAGGGGCGGUAGCUGUGCGUUUCCAAGUCGACGACACCUCCCUUUGCUUCGUCAACUGUCAUCUUGCCGCGGGACAAUCCCAUGCCAAUUCACGACACAACGACAUUGCUGCCAUACUGGAGGCGAGCUUAUUCCCAGCCGAACGCGACCCGGACAUUCGGCUGGAUACGUUUACCGGUGGGGGAGACGGUUCCAUGAUUCUUGAUCAUGAGCUUUGCAUAUUGAACGGGGACCUCAACUAUCGCAUCGACACAAUGUCGCGUGAUACGGUGGUCAAGGCAGUGGAGCAGCAACAGUUGAGAAAGCUGCUGGAGCGAGACCAGCUACUCGUGGCGCGCCGGCGCAACCCGGCGUUUCGCUUGCGCGCGUUUGAAGAACUCCCCAUCACGUUUUCGCCGACAUAUAAAUACGAUGUCGGCACCGACACGUACGACACGAGUGAGAAACGGAGAAGCCCGGCCUGGUGCGAUCGUGUUUUAUUCCGAGGACAAGGGCGCGUGCGUCAACUAGACUACCAGAGGCACGAGGUUCGGGUCAGCGAUCACCGACCGGUGACGGGCAACUUCCGGCUAUGGGUGAAGAAGGUUGAUCCGAUGGGGCGUGCCAAGGCCUGGUUGGAAAGCCAGGAACGAUUUGAAAAUGUGCGGGCCCAAAUCAUUGCCAACGAGAAAUUAACCUAUCUCGUGGAGACUUGUGGGUUUGACCGACACACCAGUCAGUCCUUUCUGGAGCAAGGAUCAUUGAAAAGGGCACACAGGUGA